CUGGUAUUUAAUGUUCAUAUGAAAAAAACAACAUCAGGUUAAACUUGUACAUAACUUGGCUAUCAUCCCGAGAGACAGUUUACAGGAAUCCGCACCCUGUCUUACUCUUUCACUUUCUUCUUCUGCUCGGUACUUUCCAGCUCAAAGUGGGAACGAUGGAAGGUAAAUUAGAUUUUCCUCUUCAUGGGCCUUCACUUAACAUCGUGAGAAAAUGUGGACCCGGUCUGAGUGAUAUCCUACAAAGCAAAUUUGGAUGUGUGGCCAUCUUCGAGGCAGUGGAUUUCGAAAGAGAUGUGAACUUUUCACAGUAUAAAAAGCCUAAAGUUGUCCCAGAGAAAAGGUUUGCUGUUAAGUUGAAGACAGGUGUUGAGGUGUCUGUGUGGAAGGCCGAUCUCACCGAUUUCAAGGUGGAUGCUGUUGUGAAUGCAGCUAAUUCUGAUCUUCAACAUUAUGGCGGCCUUGCUCUAGCUCUGUCUGAAGCUGGUGGCCCUCAAAUCCAGAGAGAGAGUGACGAUUACAUAAAAAGAAAUGUAUGCUUGGCAACAGGAGAAGCAAUUAUUGGUAGUGCUGGGUUACUACCUUGCAAGAAUAUAAUCCAUGCUGUGGGUCCACAACUAAGCAAAUUUUCCACUAAGUCUGACGUUGCACGGGCUGAACCACUGUUGAAGAAGGCCAUCAGGAGCAUUCUUGACAUAGUUCAGAAGAACUCUCUGAAGUCUGUUGCCAUUCCUGCCAUAAGCUCAGGACUGUUCAACUACCCUCUGUCAGAAUGUGCAAACACCAUAGUGUCCACUGUGAAACACUACUACGAAAAUGUUUCCCGUCGAAGUCAUCUCCCUGAAGAGAUCUUCCUUGUGAACCACGAUGACCCUUCAGUGAAUGAAAUGAUGAGGGCCUGCCAUCAGAUACUGGCCCAGAGCUCGUCCAAGACUUAUAGUCAGGCAGCAGCUCCCAAAACCUCAGCACAUACUGUCCAGCUUGGAAAUGUCCGCCUGAUACUGAGGAGGGGUAAAAUUGAGGAACAGCAGACAGAUGUCAUCGUAAACACUGCAUCAUCAGACCAAAACUUGCGUGUUGGUGAAAUCUCCAAAGCUUUAUUGGAGAAAGCUGGUAAUGAAAUGCAAAAGGAGAUUUAUAGUGCCAAAAAGGACGGACAUAUCAUUGUCACAAAAGCCUACUCCUUGAAGUGUAAAGAGGUGUAUCACACUUUUUGCACCACCAAAGGAAACUACGCAGCAGAGCAGAUCCUAUUCACAUCGGUCUCAGAGUGCUUAUGGAUGACAGCUGCAAGGCAGCACAAGUCCAUUGCCUUUCCUGCCAUCGGCACUGGAAACCUUGGGUUCAGUAAAAAAGAAGUUGCCCACAUCAUGUCAGAUGCAGUGGCUGACUUCGCCCAGAAGUACCCACAAAUGAUAGAAGUUCAUUUUGUCAUAUUUCCUUCUGACAACAGCACAUUUAAGGUUUUUGAGGAACAAAUGAGAUCUUGCCAGCGAAAUGCAUCUCAGUCCAACUUUACACAAGCACUGGAGCACAGAGCUGACUUCCAUGAAAGCAAACGUCCCACUCCACAGAUCAGCCUGACGGGCGACUCUGAUGAAACAGUGCGUGAGGCUGAACGAUGGCUCAGUCGCCUUCUCAAAUCCUCCAAAGUCACUAUCUGUAACAACUUCAUCCUACACUUUGGCGAGGAAGAAUAUCAGCAGCUGUCCCGUCUAACCAAGAACGGCGUUUCCAUUGACGAGUCUUUCGACAGAGGUCGUGCAGAGAUAACUGUGAAGGGGAGUUCACCUGAGGAUGUUGUAGUUGUCGGGUUGCAGGUGGAGGCUGCGCUCCUCAACGUCCAGAGGGAAUUUGUCAGAGAGGAAGAGAGUGCCAUGUGUCUAAUGUCAACAAAGGGUGUGUCCUUUGACAGAAGGAUGGUUGAUUCUCACAGAGCUGCGUUCUCAGACAGAUCACCUCAUUUUGAAAAGGAGGGGCUGCGGAUGGUGAAGCUGGAACAAGUGGAGAACAACUCGCUGGAGAUGCUGUUUGACCUCAAGAAGAGACAGCUAAACUGCUUUGGGUCUCUAAGAAUGUUUCAGCUCAUACCUGCACAGUUCCGUGAGAUGGUUAACCGUACUGGAUUCCAUGCAGAGUAUGCACCACCUACAGACCCAGCGUAUGGAGAGGGCAUCUACUUUGCUAGCACAGUGAGGAAGGCCAUGGAGGUGUGGAAGGAGCGAAAUGAGGAGUAUCUGUACUUCGUGGAAGCUGAAGUGCUGACAGGAGAGUCCACCCUUGGUAAACCAGGUCUCGUUCUGCCACCCAACAAGCUUACAGAUCCCCAAAGACUGUAUGACAGUGUGAAUGGAGGACAUGACAUCUCUGUCAUAUUUAGUGGUUAUCAAGCUCUGCCCAAGUACAUUAUCACCUGUAAGUCUCAGAGUGAGUCCUCCCAUCUUUAGCAAGUUAUUCUAAAACAAGCCGAGGUACUUUCCUCAUGAACAUACAGUAUAAGAAAUGGCUGUUUGCAUCUUGUUUUUCUUGAAGCUGAACAUUGUUAAACUGCAGCUUGAAAAUGUAUUGAGUGUUUAAGUUUGAUUCUUUUUGGGUUCUUUCUUUUUAACAUAUAUUCUACACAGCAGCAGGAGUAUUAGUGGGUAGAGCACAAUCAUUUGUAAAUCAAUGACAGAUUCGGGUUUAGAAAUGCACUGACUUACAGCAAAAAUAUUACACUUUAUAUUUUAGUAUGAGUCAUCUGUUUAGUGGCGCCGCUUGAUACCAAAUAUGCAAAAAUCACUCAGUCUGUUCUACUGAUGAUUAUAUACUGACAUCAAACUGACUUAAUUUUGUUUAGAGGAAGACAGUUAUAUAAUCCCUCAUAAUGACAGGUGAAAAGCAGAUGUACUUUACAGCACUGCUACAAAUACAGGAUUAUAAUCGAAUUGUAAAAUCCACGAUAAAAGGGAAACUGAUGAUAUUGAGACAGAACAUGAGGACAGCUAUAAUGUGCCUGAUAUCAAAAUAAAAAUGUAAAUAAGCUUGA